GUAGUCUUGUGCAAGUCUUGUAUGUGUAGUGCAAGAAAAAUUUGUUUAUUUAUAAUUUCCUACAAUUUAAACAAGUUAAAAUGAGGUGGAGUGAAGCAAUUACUCUAGAGUUCGUGAAAAUAUACAUAAAACACGAAUGCCUGUGGAACCCCGCGCACACUGGUUAUAAAUUAAAAUAUCAACGAGAAGAAGCUUAUAGCAGUAUUCAAUCAGAUUUUAAAGCGGCCACAGGUAAAUCAUUAAGUAUUCCCGAGAUAAAAAUAAAGAUAAAGAAUUUAAGAACAACCUACUGUCAGCAAGUGCAGAAAAUCUUGCAGAAGUCGAGUCCUGAUGCCAUAUACGAGCCAUCUUUAGUUUGGUUUCAUGAGAUGGAUCAAUGUUUGAAACACGUACCAACUAACAGACAUUCUACGUCCUAUACCAAUAGCCAUGAAAUUCCAGAGGUUGACUCUUCCUGCCAAUUGUGGGUGGAUCAGGAUCUGCCAAAUGAGAAUACUGAAGAUUCCAACCCAGACCCCCUUGUGCCACAUACUGAUGAUGAAUACGACUCCAACCAACUCGAAGACACAGAAAAUAUUAAAAAAGAAAGGCGCAUAUCACCACCUUUUAAGAAAAUUAAAAAGAAAAAACUUAAGCAUAGAGCUAACAAUUACUAUUCAGAGUCUGUGGACAGUACAAAUCAGCCAAAGGAGGAUGAAUUUGAUAUUUAUGGUAAAUACAUAGCAUCACAAUUGAGGAAGAUGGAUGAAAGAAAUUCUUUGAAACUGAAACUGCAGAUUCACAGUCUCAUCAGUGAGGCUAGGAUGUCUGAUUUAUCAAGAAAUAACUAAUUCAUUCAAAUUAUAACAGACUUUAAAUUUAACUGUGCACACUAGAUAGAUUUGUGUAGAUGUGCAUUGUAAUAUACAGAUCCAUAUAAGACACGGCAUACAACUUGCGUGUCAUGUUGGUACGACUCCAAUAGAUUAGAAUGAAUAUGUGAUUUGUAAUCUACACAGAUCGGAAAGUGCUAAAAGCCAUAACAUAAGCUCCUAUGUUUUUCAUUCUUUAGUAUUAGUAGAAAGCUAUUUUAGAAAAAGUGCAAUGAACAGAUCUCUAUUCUCUUUCAUUAGAACUUGUAUUUUUAAGUGUUAUUUUUCUUAAUUUUCUAAGCAAUGAUAAAGUUAUCUUUUG